AACGUGGGAUGGAUUGGAGAAAAGGAUGAGACUGAGAGGAAACCAGAAAAAUAAUGAUCUCAUUCUCAUGUGGCUGUUUACGCUUUCUGUGAAUGAUUUUAUUGAAUGUUUUGGUGAAGGGCAGGGUCACUUAGCCUCAUGGUUAGGUCAUUUACUUGAAACCAAUCAUAAAAUGGAUGGAUUAGAACAGAUUUUCUACUUGACGCAAACUCGGAUCAUGCGCAGAGAGUCCCUGACACAGAUCAAAGCCAGCAGAUGAGGCUGCGAGAGAGACAGCGCUUUUUUGAAGAGGUCUUUCAACAUGAUGUGGAUGUCUACCUCUCAUCUGCACACCUGCAGAUAGACUAUAAGAGACCUCCAUUAGGAAGCAUCUCAUCAAUGGAGGUGAAUGUAGACAUGCUAGAACAGAUGGAGGUAUUGGACAUCUCUGAUCAGGAGGUUUUGGAUGUCUUUUUCAGCUCUAGCGGGGAGGAAGCAGCGCUCACAUCUCCACUUCCAGCUUUCAGCCACACUGAUGUUGAAGAUGACUUUCGCAGAAACCUCACGUCCUCGGGAAUCCCUGACUCCUGUGAGUUUAAAGCACGCAUGUUGUCCACUUCAUCCAACUCCACCUGUGACAGCCAGGCGUCCAAUGAGGAUGGAUCAAACACUCCCGUCAUCCAAUCAGAUGACGAAGACGUGCACGAAGACCGCUUUCUGCAAACGGGAACACCAACGGGCAAGGAUGCCACAAUAGAUCAGCCCGGUCUCUCUUUAUAAACUGCCUUGUCAUUAAUUCCUGAUUGUUUGAGAAGCGUUUGAAAAACAAGACUGUUUAAAGGGGGGUUGACCGGUUUGGCCGUAUAUCAAUCUACCACAAACCUUUAGAGGAAUUCUCAUUCAGUGUCCCCUUCCACCUGGGAGUGUCCUUCAUUAUUUGACAGACCCUAUCAUUCAUCUUAUCGGGUCAUUACUGUCAUUCAGUACAUUUUGUACAUGUGUAACUUUAAAUAAAAAAAUAAAGAAGAAUAUUUAUGACCAAAUGCCUAAAGGGAAUGUUCAGUAAGGAAUUGACAAUUACAUUAGAGUUAUGACUUUAAUUCAAGAAAUAAUAUUAUACUAUAUAAUAUAAUAUGGUGUAAUAUUAACAAUUCACCCCUAUGAGAAGGUUCUGAAUAACAGGAAUGACACAACAUCUUUUGCGAACAUUACAAGUAUCUAACAACUACACUUUACACAAAUAUUUUGUAAUAUUCUCUCACCACACUGCUGCCGUUUAGAGAGACUCUGUGUGUCAAGCUUUGAGUUAAAACCGCUGUCACUUUUAAGGCGUGUAUUUUAUGAAUGUUUAUAUUGUAGUAUUGUUAUUUUGGGUCAUGAGUUGAGAAUGUGUCUUUCAUCUGAUGUCCACUUAUGCUUUGCUAUUAAAAUAAAGCCAAACUCCAGCUUUAGAAUGUUGAUGAUGGAUUAUUUUCCCAGAACUUGUGACAACAACUGUGAAUUUCCCCAAAGCCGCAACUUUAUGUCAAUAAAACCUCUGAAAUGUUUGAGUAGCAAAAGAAACAAUUUGCUUUCUAGUUUGAGGCUGAUCUUUCGGUUAUCUCGCUGAUCUUUUACAUCAAGUAUGGGCAAGUAGGGAAAGAAAGCUGUCGGGCAAUCUUUGAUAUAGUGUAGAUAUAGGUGAAAUUAAGUCAAAGUGUGUCAAUACUGUUGAUAUAAGGUUGACAGACCAAUAUGCAAAUUUGUCCGAGUGUGAUGAGAAAAAUUUAGAAAAAAACUAGCAAUGAAGAUAAAUCCCUCUUAUGCUAUUUUAUAUGAUAAAUAUAAAUAUGAAUACUAUAAAACAUAUAAUAUGAACAGUUUGUUCUCUAAAUUUUGCUGUCACACCAUAGGACACAUGUAUGAUUUUAAAAUGUAAAAAAAAUAUUUUACAGAAUCUUAUGUUAUUUUUACAGAUUUUCCACGUAUAAUGUCAAAAAACUGUAAUUUUAUGUAAUUUGACUGUUUUUACAGAUUUUUAAUGUAUUUUUGAAAAUACAAUCACAAAACGUAAAAUUACAGAAAAAGACCACAAAUUUACAAGAAAAAUGGGGCAAACGUUAUUUUACAGGAAAAAUGAUUAUCAUUAUUUAUUAUUUUACGGUUUAUUUCUGGCGCCCCAGCUGCAAGAAAAUUUACGUUUUUUUAAGGGAUUUUUUUCUGUGCAAAUAUCUGAAUUAAGUAAAAAUUGUAUUAUGCACAUUGAGAAAUAGUGUACUAAAACAUUCUGUGGUAUUUCACAAACCUCUAACUAGGCAUCUGGAUACCUUAAAGGUGUAGUUGACCUGAAAAUAAAAAUGCUGUCAU